AGUGGUUCUACGGUUCAUUUGACUGCUGCUUUGGCACAGUAGUCGUGUGGUUAGCUGAUUCAGAGUGAUUCUACAAAGAUCAGACGGUCCACGAAAGACGAGAGUGAAGUUUGCGCAGACUAUUUUGCAUAAGCAGUUAUUUAACGCGGUCAAGUCACUGAAGACCUCAAGAUGGAGUUCAACUCGACAUACAGCUAUGAGAAUGGCUCAUACGACGAACCGUUAAUACCGAUGUGUGAGGUUGAUGACUACAGCAAGACCACCGGCGUGUGCUACGCCACGAUCUUCUGCCUCAGCAUCACUGGAAAUGGCUUCCUCUUGUUUGCGCUCACCUGCUACGAAGACCUGAAAAGGGCCACCAACCUUUUCAUGUUCUGUUUGGCUCUUUUCGACCUCUUGUUCACGCUGACGUUGCCUUUCUGGUGCGUGGAGCUUCUUGAUCAAUGGAUUUUUGGUGACAUUGCUUGCAAGAUCAUGACCGGGGCCUAUUUCGUAGGCAUCUACGGGAGCCUCAUCCUUCUCACGGCCAUGACCCUCGACCGUUUCGUUGUGGUCGUGGUCAGAAGUUACUGGCUAACACGGAGUCGAAGGCACAAAUGUUCAAAGGCAGCCUGCAUCGGGGCCUGGAUCUUGAGUUUGAUUGCUUGUCUGAGAGAUUCAGUAGCCUCAAAGGCGCAAGACGCACAUAUCAAUAAAUACUCAUGUCAAAGCACCAAAACGCUCGAUGACAAUGUUGGAUAUUACGCACAGCUCAUUCUGUUGUUCCUCGUACCGCUUGCAAUCAUUGUUUUCUGUUACACCAAAAUAAUUUUGACCCUCAUGUCGACGACGACCAGGCAGAAAUACAAGACCGUGAUUCUGGUGCUGUGCAUUGUUAUCGCUUUCUUCGUAUGCUGGGGGCCGUAUCACAUCGUCAUCGUGUUGAUGUCCGUCUAUGACUUCGAUGAAUGCGAACAUUACGAGCUGCACGUUGCAUUUGUUGUCUGCAGGAUCCUGGCGUUUUCUCACUGCUGCAUGAACCCGGCGCUGUAUAUUGUCAGAGGGAAGUACAGAAAUCUCUUGUCAAGCUUGUUGUUCUGCUCACCUGAGCUCAGGCAGCCAGGGACCUACAGGGGAGCGACGGAUCCCAGCGACUCCAGGAUUCAUCCGUACACCAAUGAAGGACCUCGAGAAAAUUGUGAAUUGCAGCAAACAAACAUCACAGAGCUGAACACAGCUGAAAACAGUGAAAAAUGGAGACCGUGAACGGGACGAAUUUGUAUAUUGCAUGAAAUAUAUAUGUUUUUUUUUUUUUUUUUACUUGAUACUUGAUCCCUCAAAUGAUACUGAUUAAGUUUUUAAUUUCAUAUAAAAAUCCAAAAAUGUUGUAU